GUUUCCGGGCUGCGCUUAAAGCAGCGUUCUACGCUAUGGGGUCUUGGCAGCGUUUGCUCUUGUUUGGUGGGGUGUCGCUUCGGGGUGGCGGUGGGACCAGUGUACCGCUUGGGCGAAGCCAAGUGUUGGUUUGUCGGCGCCAGUUAUCUGGCGGUGACAGUGAGACCCUAAAACAAAGAAGAUCACAAAUCCUGUCCCGAGGACUUCCAAAGCAGAAACCAAUACAAGGUGUAAAGCAAGUUAUAGUUGUGGCUUCUGGAAAAGGUGGAGUUGGAAAAUCUACUACAGCAGUGAACCUUGCACUUGCACUAGCAGCGAAUGAUUCGUCAAAGGCCAUUGGUUUACUAGAUGUGGAUGUGUAUGGCCCUUCAAUUCCAAAGAUGAUGAAUCUGAAAGGAAAUCCAGAAUUAUCACAGGACAACCUAAUGAGGCCUCUUUUGAAUUAUGGUAUUGCUUGUAUGUCUAUGGGCUUCCUGGUUGAAGAGACUGCACCAGUUGUUUGGAGAGGCCUUAUGGUAAUGUCAGCUAUUGAGAAACUAUUGAGGCAGGUAGAUUGGGGUCAUCUGGACUAUUUAGUUGUUGACAUGCCACCCGGAACUGGAGAUGUGCAGUUAUCAGUCUCACAAAAUAUUCCCAUUUCAGGUGCUGUGAUUGUCUCCACACCCCAGGACAUUGCACUGAUGGAUGCACACAAGGGUGCUGAGAUGUUUCGAAAAGUCCAUGUGCCUGUUCUGGGCCUUGUCCAAAAUAUGAGUGUUUUCCAGUGUCCAAAAUGUAAACAUAAAACUCAUAUUUUUGGUGCUGAUGGUGCCAGAAGACUAGCACGGACCCUUGAUCUUGAUGUUCUAGGGGACAUUCCCUUACAUCUCAGUAUAAGGGAAACUUCAGAUACAGGCCAGCCGAUUGUGUUUUCACAGCCUGAAAGUGAUGAGGCCAAAGCUUACCUGAGGAUUGCCGCAGAAGUGGUAAAAAGAUUGCCACCACCUCUAAAGUGAAUUCCCCAAGUGUUCUGGAAAUUUGCCUGGUGCUUAACAAUAAGAAGACCUUUGGAAAUCAGCAGUGUGGUGAUGCAACCUACAGGAAUAAUAGAAUCAUGGUUAUUUUCUUUUAUUUCUAAGGAAAUAAUGUCUUAUUUUCAGAUUUGAUUUGCUAAGCAAUGACUCACAAGUAAAAUUUUUAUAUAUCAAUGUUAACUGCUACAUUUAGGAAUUUUUUUUUUUUUUUGAGUGCUGAUGUGUACCAACUGCACAGAACUGCAUUUUUUUUUAAUGGAACUACCCCUUGGAGAAUCAUGAGUUUAUAUUAUAAGCUCAACCUUCAAUUCAGGAGAGUUAAAACUGUAUUCUUUUUGUGGGACUAUGGAGUUAGUCAUUUAAAGGAUUUAUUAACUGCAUACUGAUAUAAGUGUGAUAACUCCAUCAGUCAGUUUGGUCUGAGUUUCAAUCUUGUCUUGGACAGUCUUGGACACGUUCUUAAUGUAAAAUAACUUCUGCUUCAUCUGGACCAGGCUCUACCCUAAACUUACUGAAUAUAAUCUGCAGGGGUGGGGCCUGGACAUGUAUAUUUUUAACAAGAUGACAAUGAUUUUGAUGAUUCUGGUUAUGAUGGCAAUAGUUAUAAUAAUAGGUAACAUCUAUCAGGUGUUUCCUUGUGUCCGUAUAGUUAAUCUUGCAUUCGUAUGAGUGGGGUACUGUUGUUACCUUCAUUCUAUAGAUGAGAAAACUGAGAUAUGGGAGUGUUAAGUGUUUUGCCGAAGGUUUCUGUUCUAGCAAGUGAUAGAGCUGGAAUUUGAACUUGGACAGUGGGAUACUGGAUCCUCCCUUUUUUAUACCAAAGAACAUUUGUUUAUUUCAAAAGAGAAAUACGGUAUUCAGCAUUUCCUCCAACUUACUUGACCAUGAAGGCCUUAUCCUAUCCCUUUUAGGAGCAUUUCAUGGAGUUUGUGUUUCAAAUGAUACACUUUGAAAAGCAUAUAUCUUAUCUAGUUGAGGCUCAAAGAUAUUUGGGGGAGUUUUCCAAGGUCAGGAAACAAAAUAGUUAUAAAGCUGCAAGUACUGAUAAGAAUCAUUAGUUGACCCUCAGUUACAAAGAAGUGGUCUAUGACUUUUGGCAAAUACCUUGACUUCUUCUGCUUUGUAGUUAAACAGGUAGAAAAUUAGGGAGUCACAUGUUGUUAUAAACAUGUUUUCACACACUUGUAUUCACAUAAAAAACUGUUCAUGGCAAUUUUAUUUGUAGUCGCCAAAAACAACACAGAGCUUUUCAGUGGGCAGAUGGUUAAACAAAAUUGUGAUCUAUCCAACCAUGGAAUACUACUCGCCAAUGAAAAAGAACAAACUAUGGAUACCUGCAACAACCUGGAUGAAUUCUAGGCCAUUAUGCUGAAUGAGAGAGCCAAUCCCAAAAGGUUUUAUACCAUAUGGUUCCAUUUAUGGAGCAUUCUUGAAAUGGCAAAAUUAUAGAAAUGGAGAACAAAUUAGUGGUUUCUGGAAUUUAAGGGGAGAAGGUUGCAGGGGAGAGAAUUAUGUGUGCCUCUAAAUGGGCAACAUAAGGAAUCAUCAUGAGGAUGGAAAUGUUCUUUGUUAUGACUGUGUCAAUACCAAUGUCUUGGGGGAUAUUGUACUAUAGUUUUGCAAGAUGUUACUGUUAGAGGAAAUUGGGUAACAGGACACAAUGGAAUCUCUGCACGUGAAUCUACAAUUACCUCAAAGUAAAAAUAAAAUUUUAAUUAAAUAAA